AUGACCCUGAACCAGCCUCUCAGACGCUUCUCACUUGCUAUUGAGACAAAGUUACCUCCCCAACAUACUACGCCACUGUCCUCGCCGGUUGUGGUGUCCUCUGAGUUAUCCCCUCAGCAGCCCACAUCAUCGGCUUCGUUUGCAUCCAUCUCCACGGUUUCGUCGGCGAAUUCCGCCUCAGCCCAUGACUUCUUUGCCCUUCCGGAGCGGCAAUCGAACAAACCUCUUAACGGAUAUCUUAUGUGCAAUGCAUCCUCAUCCACCUCUUCGGUCGAUUCCAUGGGGGACGAUGAUAGCUGUUGCCCGCUAAGAUCGCACGGCCGUACCGCCCCCCUCGAGACGAACGAGAAGGCGCAUUUCUUGCUCUUUGGAUCCACAAACGAGGAAGACGAAGAACCUAAAGAAGAGAUUUUAGACCGAAGGAGUAGCACUGAUAGUGAAAAGUCUAAACAAAGGCAUCACUUUCGUAGAUCGUCCACGGCGAUCAAGUUCCAUGAUCCAGUUUUUCUCAAGUUUGGUUCCUAG